GAAUAUGACGAAGGUUAUCUAGUGGUCUUCUUGAUGGAACUGUCCAGACUAGUCGCUGUCAAGGACGUAGAAGACGUCCACAUCAUACUACGACAUAUGGAACCAAUACUUCAUGAGAUGCUGAAAUCAAAGAAGCUGGGCUGGUUCGGAUACCCAACAACGCAUGUGAUAAUAAAAUUUGGGCUUUUUGUCUCAGACGGACCUAUUGAACUUGUCCGAAACUACUCAGGAAUGGUAUAUCACAUGAUAAGGCUACGGAACACGUCACUGGACAGCGAUGUGAACUCCAUCAUCGAUUACGCCGACAUACUGUACGAGGAUGCAGAGGGAAGGCUGCUGUUUGAAGCUCUUCGAGAUUUUGAGGCUUAUCCUGAUGUGUCAAAAACAAGUACAGAAGUCUGUCAGGGUCUGGUAGACAGUUUCUUCGCUCCGUACCGUCGUCUGUUGAAGUCAGAGAGAAGACAGAAUCUUCUGGACGCCAUCAACUACUUACUGAAGACCAGGAUUCCGACGAGGAAGUCCAAUGAUGACGACAUCAUCCCGUUCAUAAUGAAUGGUCCAAACCACAUUUUCGAACAUCACAAUCAUAAAUAUGGUUCCAAAGUAGAAGAUAAAAUAGCUUCCCUCCGUUCUUCAAAAAAUAAGUAUCCAACCAGAGAAGACUACCUACUUACCCGAACAAGAGAGAGGCAAUCUAAGCAUAGAAUUAAUUUAAAGAAGAAGACCACAGAAUAUGCCAAAAAGACUACAAAAGAAAAAGAUAUUCAAGGACUUACCUUGUCAAGACACUUCCAAACUAGCUCUCUAAAGCCUCGAUUCAAAAAAGAGAAUCAAAGAUACUAUGAUACCGAAAAGACCAGAAGUUCUUUAGAUUCCGGGGAACUGUCUGAGAAUAAAGUAGUUCGAUCUGGGAGAAAUAAUGAAAUGGAGGAGACACAUGGCCAGUCAUUCCUGAAGCAAGUUAGGACACAUUUUUUGAAAUCAAAUCUAUUUAGGACGAAUGAUAAUAAGAUGAAGGUCAAACAGAAGAUACUGAAAGAAAUCGUCGAAGGUUCUAGUUACAGUGAUGAAGAAGAGUCGUUGCAGAAGAAUUUGAUCAAAGCCCUACAGAAUAGCAAUAAGGGUAGACAUCAUAAAUAUAUUGGUACAACGAUGAUUCAAGUGGCACCAGGUACUAUAUCAUCUAGAAACCAAUAUUUGAAUCUGACGAAACGGUCUGGGGUCAAGUUUAAGAAGUUUAUAUCUCUCGUUAGAGGCGGCUUCUUGAGAUAG